AUGAGCUUAAGCGGCAACAGGGAGGAAGAAAUUAGGGUUUCGGGAGACGAUAACGGCAACAGCUCCGCCGUCGCCGCCGCCAGGAAUAGGAGGGACCCGACAAUGCCGACGAUGUUCAGGUACAUGGAGUGUCUGAAGAAUCACGCUGCCGCCCUCGGCGGGAACGCCCGAGACGGCUGCGGCGAGUUUCUCCCCGCCGGAGAAGACGGCACCAUCGAAGCCCUCCGGUGCGCGGCCUGCAACUGUCACCGGAAUUUCCACCGGAAGAUUCACUUGCAGCAUCAGGCCAUGGGAGAGGAGCUCACGCCGCUGCGGGCUAUCCAGGCGGAGGAGGGUGGCGCCGCCGGAGGAGACCACCGCCCGGCGGGGAAGAGGAAGAGGUUCCGGACGAAGUUCACUCAGGAACAGAAAGAGAAGAUGCAGGAAUUCGCGGAGAGGUCGGGCUGGAGGAUUCAGAAGCUCGGGGAGUCCGAGGUUAAGCGAUUCUGUCAGGAAAUUGGAGUGAAGAGAAAGGUGCUGAAAGUUUGGAUGCACAAUAAUAAGUACCAUAACUGCACCCUCCCCGCCGCCAACAAGACAGAGCCCGCCGCCGCUACCGCUGCCACUACCGCCGCCGCCGCUGCCGACACCAUGACUAUUAACAUCAACGCCGCUGCCACCGCCGAUGACGAGAGCUGA